GGCGCAGCGCGCAGUUCGGACAGCCAGGAGACCCUCGACUCGCCGCCGAUUCCCCUAGGGCUGAGGACCUGGGGGGCGGUGCGGGUGCUCAUGUACACCCGGGUUCUUCGCGCGCACAGCCACGGGCUCGGAAGCGGCCGGGUCCUCCAGACCUGGGCGGCGAAGCCGCACCUCACUCUCCACUGCCAGGCCGGGCGCGCUUCCGUCCCCGAAGGGCAGCACCCGGUGACGGCCAGCUCCCGCCAGUCGGCCCUGCCCUGCCCGCCAUCCCCACCGCCGCGCCCUCCCGGCGCCGCCUCCUCCUGUAAAUACAGUGGCGGCCCGCCCUCCGCAGGUGGGAGCCUGCGGUGGGGUUCUGCGAUCAGCCGGCUGCCCGCGGCCGGCGCUGCACCGCUGAGCGCCUACCCCGAAACCCACGCCAGGCUCCCGGGAAGCGCCCCGGCGCGGCCAGCACGCUCGCUAGACGAAGCCACAGCCUCGGCCUCUUUGUGGAAGUGGGUGGCACCAAGGAGGGGGCAAGUGAGAGGCUGCCUGGCCACCUGGGAGACAAGGCUCCGCCUCACCGGCUCUGCCACCCUCCCUGGGUCAUCCCGGGCCGCCCCCCGCCAAGCCAGGCCAUCAGAUUCCAGGCCAAGGAAGCCCCUGAGUGAGAACUCAAGAAUCACAUUUUGACAGAAAGCUGUGGACACCACUGGAGGGAAAGGAACACACCCCACCCCUCCCUGGGGCAGGGGCCUCUCCUGGCCAUGUCUCCUGCAGCUGCUGAACCAGGUGGGGCCCAGCAAGACAGGCAUGUCAGCAUGCUCAUUUUCUUCCUUUUCGUCUUUGGUGCCAUCCUGCUGUUUGUGGGAGUCCUGCUCUCCAUCUUCGGGUUCCAGGCAUGCCAAUACAAACCCCUCCCGGACUGCAGCAUGGUGCUGAAGGUCGUCGGGCCUGCGUGUGCUGUGGUCGGGCUUGCGGCUGUGAUCCUGGCCCGCUCACGGGCACUACGUCAGUUCCGCGAGGGGCGCCUUCGAGGCCACCAGGCGGACCCUGACCAAGCCUUCAUCUGCGGAGAGAGCCGCCAGUUUGCCCAGUGCCUCAUCUUUGGAUUUCUCUUUUUGACUAGUGGCAUGCUCAUCAGCAUACUGGGCAUCUGGGUCCCUGGCUGUGGCCCAGACUGGGAGCAGGAGACGCUGAAUGACACAGACACUGCCAACGAGGAGCCCCAGAUCUGUGGGUUCCUGUCCCUGCAGAUCCUGGGGCCCUUGAUUGUGCUCAUGGGAUUGUGUUUCUUCGUGGUGGCCCACGUUAAGAGGAGAAACAACUUGGGUGAGGACCAGCAUGCCUCCGAGAGUGAAGACAGACAGACCCAGAGCACAGAGCCUGUCCAGGUCACCGUAGGUGAUGCCGUGAUAAUAUUCCCGCCCCCUCCACCACCUUACUUUCCUGAGUCUUCAGCUGCUGCAGCACCUCGAAGUCCUGGGGCUAACAGUUCGCUUCCAAAUGAAAGUCCGCCUUCCUAUUACAGUAUUUUUAACCAUGGCAGGACCCCGGCUCCUGAGGACCAAGGCACUGCCUCUGCGAGGGAGCACGUGCCCAUAUACACUAUUUCUGGGGCUCCUCCAUCCUCUGAGAGUAUACACACUCCGCAGCUCUUGUCUGAAUCGCCUCCCAGAUACGAAGAAAAAGAAACUGCUACAGCCACAGCCUUGUCUCCCACUCCUCCACCGCCCCCACCAUGAACUAUGGACUCCAGUUCAGUUUUAUAUAGAACCGAUCACUAUUUUAUUUAAUUUGUUUUUUUAAUAAAAAAUACAAUUGC